AUGGCUGAGACUGCACAGUGUCUUGAUGGUGACAAACCCUGCGAGAACGGUGGGAGCUGCGUUGUCUAUUCUAAUGGGAUUGCUGCCUGCAUAUGCCAGCCUGGACUAAUUGGGGAACACUGCCAGUUUCAAGAUCCAUGCCACCAAUCUCCCUGUGCCAAUGGGGGGGCAUGUGAGAGCACACUACGAGACGGCACGGUGCACUACCAGUGUACCUGCGCCAAAGGCUUCCGAGGCCAAGACUGCUCUCUGUUUGAUGCCUGUGCCAGCAAGCCAUGCCUUAAUGGCGGCCGCUGUACCAACUGGAAUGGCCGAUACAACUGUACGUGCCCAUCCGGCUAUCAGGGCCGCAACUGUCGGAGUGAUGUGGAUGAAUGUCGGCUGCCUGGUCUGUGCCAGAAUGGGGGCACCUGUCUGAAUACACCUGGCUCUUUCCGGUGCCAGUGCCAACCGGGUUACACAGGGCAGCACUGUGAGAGCAUCUCCACACCGUGUGCUCCCUCCCAGUGUCUCAACGGGGGUACUUGCCGCCAGACAGGGGAACUCAGCUACGAGUGUGCUUGCUUACCAGGGUUUGAGGGCCACAAUUGUGAGAUCAACAUAGAUGACUGUCCAGACCACAUGUGCAUGAAUGGGGGCACUUGUGUGGAUGGCGUCAACACCUACAACUGCCAGUGCCCUCCUGAGUGGACAGGCCAGUUCUGUACUGAGGAUGUGGAUGAAUGCCAGCUGCAGCCCAAUGCCUGCCACAAUGGGGGCACUUGUUUCAACACCAAUGGAGGGCAUUCCUGUGUCUGUGUCAAUGGCUGGACUGGGGAGAGCUGCAGUGAGAACAUCGAUGACUGCCAGACAGCAGUCUGCUUUCACGGUGCAACCUGUCAUGAUCGUGUGGCUUCCUUCUACUGUGCCUGUCCUAUGGGCAAGACAGGCCUUCUCUGUCACUUGGAUGAUGCCUGCGUCAGUAACCCUUGCCACGAGGAUGCAAUUUGUGACACCAACCCAAUGAAUGGCCGUGCCAUCUGCACCUGUCCUCCUGGUUUCACUGGGGGAGCAUGCGAUCAGGAUGUGAAUGAGUGUUCCAUUGGAGCCAAUCCAUGUGAGCAUUUUGGCAAAUGUGUGAAUACACAAGGCUCCUUCCAGUGCCAGUGUGGCCGUGGCUACACAGGACCACGCUGUGAGACAGACAUCAAUGAGUGCCUCUCCAUGCCUUGCCAGAAUGAUGCUACCUGCCUUGACCGCAUUGGGGAGUUUACCUGCAUCUGCAUGUCGGGUUUCAGUGGCACUUUUUGUGAGAUCAACAUCAAUGAGUGUGAGAGUAACCCCUGCGUCAAUGGUGGUGUCUGCAAGGAUAUUGUCAAUGGAUUCAGCUGUACCUGUCCUUCAGGCUUCUCAGGCUCCAUGUGCCAGAUUGAUAUUGACGAAUGUGCCAGCACGCCAUGCCAGAACGGUGCCAAAUGUGUGGACCGACCCAAUGCCUACGAAUGCCGCUGUACAGAAGGUUUUGAGGGAGCUUUGUGUGAAAGGAACAUUGAUGACUGCUCACCAGAUCCUUGCCACCAUGGCACCUGUGUGGAUGGCAUUGCCAGCUUUACCUGCACCUGUGUUGCUGGUUAUACGGGGUAUCGUUGUGAGAAUCAGAUCAAUGAGUGCCAUAGCAAUCCCUGCCAACAUGGUGGAAAAUGCAUUGACCUGGUCAAUAAGUACUUGUGCCACUGCCAAAUGGGCACCUCAGGUACCAACUGUGAGAUAAACUUUGAUGACUGUGCCAGCAAUCCCUGUGAUUAUGGCAUCUGCCGUGAUGGCAUCAACCGUUACGACUGCAUCUGCAAACCUGGCUUCACAGGUCCCCUGUGCAAUGUAGAGAUCAAUGAAUGUGCAUCCAAUCCCUGCAAGAAUGGUGGCACCUGCGUGGAUGGCGAAGACGGCUUCUCUUGCCUGUGUCCCGAGGGUUUCCACGAUCCACAUUGCUAUUCAGAAGUGGACGAGUGCAGCAGCAGCCCCUGUGUGCAUGGCACAUGCCAUGAUGACAUUAAUGGGUAUCAGUGUGAAUGUGAACCAGGAUGGGAUGGCACCAACUGUGAUGUGAACCGCAAUGAGUGUGAAUCCAACCCAUGCCAACAUGGGGGCACCUGCACUGACUACGUCAAUGGCUAUCGCUGCAAAUGCAAAGAAGGCUUCCAGGGUACUUACUGCCAGACGAACAUCAAUGACUGUGCCUCCAGCCCUUGCCUCAACAAGGGGACUUGCAUUGAUGGCAUCGCCAGCUAUUCGUGUCACUGUGACUUGCCUUACACCGGCCGGAACUGUGAGACUGUGCUAGCACCCUGCGCCUCCAAUCCAUGUGAAAACAAUGGCGUCUGUGACCACACGCCUGACUACGAGGGAUUCACCUGUGGCUGUGCACCAGGCUGGCAAGGGCAGCAGUGCCACAUUGACAUUAAUGAAUGUGAUCAGAACCCUUGUCGGAACAGGGGCACCUGCACCAACACGCUUGGCAGUUACCGAUGUGCCUGCCGUCCUGGCUACACUGGCAUGAACUGUGAGAUGGAUAUUGAUGACUGCACGCCUAAUCCUUGCCUGAAUGGUGGCUUCUGCCAAGAUGGCAUCAGUUCCUUCACUUGCACCUGCAUGCCAGGCUUCACAGGCGUACGCUGUGCAACUGAGACCAAUGAAUGCCUGAGCAACCCCUGCCGCAAUGGGGCCACCUGCACAGACUAUGUCAAUAGCUACACUUGCUCAUGCGCCCCAGGCUGGGAUGGUCUACACUGUGAACACAACAUACAGGAAUGCACUGAUAGCUCCUGCUUCAAUGGUGGAACCUGCUUAGAUGGAGUGAAUUCGUACACAUGCAACUGUCGUGCCGGCUUCACAGGCUCCCAUUGCCAGCACGAGAUUGAUGAGUGCCAGUCACAGCCUUGCCUCAAUGGCGGUGUGUGCCAGGAUGGCGUGCAGUCCUACCGUUGUACCUGCCCUCAGGGCUACACAGGUUCUCAGUGCCAGACCCUGCUGGAUUUAUGUUUUCGCUCCCCUUGUCAGAAUGGUGGCCGCUGUGUGCAGACAGGAACCACCUUAUCAUGCGAUUGCCCUGGAGGCUGGACUGGUCGCUACUGUGACAUCCCCAAUGUUUCUUGUGAAGUGGUGGCCAGGAACCGAGGUGUGACCAAGGAGCAAGUAUGUCACUAUGGUGGCCGUUGUGUGGAUGCCGGUAAUACUCACUACUGUAUUUGCAAGAAGAGCUACACUGGCAGCUACUGUGAGAGUGAAGUAAACCACUGCCAGCACAACCUGUGCCGAAAUGGAGGCACAUGUCGCAGCUUUGUGGGAGGCUACAUCUGUGAGUGUCCACUGGGGUUUGAGGGAAAGAACUGUGAGUAUAACAUCGAUGAGUGUCAGUCGCGCCCAUGUCAGAAUGGAGGGACCUGCCUUGACCUUGUUGGCCACUACAUUUGUUCCUGUCCACCAGGCACUCUGGGUGUAUUGUGCGAAAUAAAUGAGGAUGACUGUGCCACAAAUCCCACCGUUCGUGUCCCUAAAUGUCUCAACAAUGGGACAUGUGUGGAUAAAGUGGGUGGCUACCGAUGCAGUUGCCCGCCAGGCUUUACAGGCGAGCGUUGUGAGGGAGACAUCAAUGAGUGCCAGUCCAACCCCUGCCACUCACGCAACACACUUGACUGUGUUCAGGAAGCCAGUGACUACCAGUGCAUUUGCAAGCCAGGCUACACUGGCCGUCACUGCAAGAACAUUGUGAAUGCAUGUGAAUCUCAGCCUUGCCAGAAUGGUGGGCAGUGUAAGCUGGCAAUAAACCUGCCUCUAGGAUACUCCUGCCAUUGUCCCCGGGGCUACACAGACAUCAACUGUGAGCGCAGCAUCAUCUCCUGCCGGGAGCUUUUCUGCUUCAAUGGAGGCAGCUGCCGAUCCUCAGCGCUGGGUGCUCGCUGUUAUUGCCCACCUGGGUGGGGUGGACCUGACUGCCGCCUGCGGGCCAACAGCAGUUGUGCGAGCAUGCCCUGCCACAAUGGGGGAGCCUGCCAUGAGAUUGCCAGCCCACCUUAUUUCCAGUGUCUUUGUCUCGGGGACUUCUCAGGGAGCCGCUGCCAGACCCCACGCCACAUGCAUCCCCCUCGGCCCCCUGAGGUGCAUUGCCCGCUAGAGGAAUGUGCUGCCAAGGCUGGGGAUUCCUACUGUGACAAAAUGUGCAACAGUCCAGCCUGCCACUGGGAUGGGGGAGACUGUUCCCUGUUGGUGGACGACCCCUGGAAACAGUGCGAGAGCCCCCAGUGCUGGCAGUACUUCAACAACAGCCAGUGCGAUGAGUUGUGCAACACUGUGGAGUGCCUCUAUGACAACUUUGACUGCAGGAAUCACGGCCCCACUUGCAACCCCGUCUAUGAAAAAUACUGCUCAGAUCACUUUGCGGAUGGACAAUGUGACCACGGCUGUAACAAUGAAGAGUGUGGCUGGGAUGGGCUGGAUUGUGCCCAGGGAGUGCCUGAGCACUUGGCAGAUGGUGUCUUAGUCAUCACAGUAUUGUUACACCCUGAUGAAUUGCUCCGCACAAGCACCAUCUUCCUGCAGAAACUGAGUGCCAUUUUGCGCACUUCCCUGCGUUUCCGUCUCGAUGAAAACGGCAACUAUAUGAUUAGACCCUAUUAUGGGACUGGUGGGCGACGUCGCAGGGAAUUGGGCCAAGAGAUUAUUGGAUCUGAAGUUACUCUUGAGAUUGAUAACCGCCUCUGCUAUAAAGCCUCAGACAAGUGCUUCCCUGAUGCAGAAAGUGCUGCGGACUACCUCGCUGCCCUGUCGGCCGUAGAGCGUCUAGAGUUUCCGUAUCCCCUCAAGGCUGUGAAAGGUGUGAAAUUGGAGGAAAGCCCAUUGAAGCUGUUGCCACUGCUGGUGGUAGCAGCCCUGAUCCUGCUGGUGAUCCUGGUGCUGGGUGUGCUAGUGGCACGGCGCAAAAGAGAGCACAGCACCCUUUGGUUUCCUGAAGGUUUCAGUCUGAAGAAAGAGAGCAGCAACAAGAACCGGCGCGAACCUGUGGGCCAGGAUGCCCUCGGCAUGAAGAGUAUUGGCAAAGGGGAAAGCCUGAUACCAGACAGCUCAGAAGACUGGCUGGAAGCAGAGUGCCCAGAGGCCAAGCGGUUAAAGGUGGAAGAGCCAGCCGUCGACUGCGAAGACCCAGUGGAUUGCCGCCAGUGGACCCAACACCAUUUGGUGGCAGCAGACAUCCGCAUGCCCCCAUCUAUGGCUCUGACACCACCCCAGGGUGAAUUUGAUACUGACUGCAUGGAUGUCAAUGUCCGAGGACCAGAUGGUUUCACUCCCCUUAUGCUGGCUUCCUUUUGCGGUGGUGGCAUGGAGACUGAUCUGGCAGAGGAAGAGGAAGCAGAUGAUUCCUCAGCCAACAUCAUUUCAGAUUUGAUCUGCCAGGGAGCUAACCUGAGUGCCCAGACAGACCGCACAGGGGAGACUGCACUGCACCUGGCUGCCCGAUAUGCACGGGCAGAUGCCGCCAAGCGCCUGCUAGAUGCUGGCGCUGACACUAAUGCACAGGACAACACCGGACGUACCCCGCUUCAUGCUGCAGUGACUGCGGAUGCCCAGGGGGUCUUCCAAAUCCUGAUCCGGAAUCGAUCUACAGAUUUGGAUGCCCGAAUGGGGGAUGGUUCGACUGCACUGAUCCUGGCAGCCAGACUGGCUGUGGAGGGCAUGGUAGAGGAAUUGAUUGCCUGUCAUGCUGAUGUCAACGCUGUGGAUGAGAUGGGUAAAUCAGCCCUGCACUGGGCAGCAGCUGUCAACAAUGUAGAGGCUACCAUUGCACUGCUGAAGAAUGGAGCUAACAAAGAUAUGCAGGACAGCAAAGAGGAGACACCGUUGUUCCUGGCAGCCCGGGAGGGCAGUUAUGAGGCGGCCAAAAUCCUGCUGGACCACUUUGCCAAUCGUGAGAUCACAGACCACAUGGAUCGCCUGCCGCGAGAUGUGGCUCAGGAACGGCUGCAUCAUGACAUUGUGCGACUUCUGGAUGACUACAACACAGUGCGCAGUCCUCAGGGGGGAUUACCUGCUGGUCACUCCCUUUCCCCUCUCAUGUGCCCUCCUAAUAGCUACUUGCCCAGCCUCAAGCCCACUCCGCAGGGGAAGAAGAGCCGUCGGCCUAGCACCAAGAAUGUGACAUCAGGCAGCAGUGCCAGCCUGGCACGGGAGAGCAAAGAGGCUAAGGCACGUGCCAAGAAGCUCAACUUGGAGUGCCAAGGUGCUCUCCUGGAGAGUUCGGUCACCUUGUCUCCUGUUGACUCACUGGACUCCCCCUAUGUGCCCAACCCAGCCUCACCAGGGGUCUUUCAUGCAGCUAGUGCCUCACUGUCAGUACCCUCCACUCCCAUGGUCCAUGGCAUGAUGGAAGCUCCCUUUGCUGUCAGCUUGGCACGCCUCAGUGACCUAGGGGACGGCACUCUUCUCUCGAUGAACCGCCUCUCAGUGCCACCUGGCCGUAUGGGGCUUAGUCUGGGCAUGGUGAGCCCUGUGGCUAUGCCCUUUGAUUGGCAUGCCCGUGUUCCCACCUCCCAGUGCCAGCCAAUCAUAGGAGUCGUGCACCCUGCUGCCUCCCACCCUAACCUGCACCAGCCUGGUCAAGCUUUCCCACCAGGGUUGCUCUUGCCUAACCACAUGGCCAUGGGGCAUGGCUCCCAGGGGUUGCCCAACCCAGCUCCUGCACAGAGCAAGGAGACAACCCAGGCGAUGCCGCCGCCAGCAACCACUAUGCGUGCCAACCCACCUGUCUCACCCCAAGAGGGCCAAGGCCAAGGGGCACCCCGUGCCGGGCCCCCACAGUAUUUAAAACCAGCAGGAGUGGAAGAUUACCCAACCCCACCCUCUCAACAUAGCUACACGCAGGGGCAGGACGCAACACCCAAGCACUUCCUCCACCCACCAAAUGAACACCCCUACCUGACUCCCUCCCCAGAGUCCCCAGAGCAAUGGAGCAGCCCUUCCCCACACUCCUUGUCUGACUGGUCUGAAUCCACACCAAGCCCGACUGUAUUGGGGCCAAGCCACACCCAGCUUCCUUCGGCGGAGCAGUCUGCCAAAAUGCAAGUAUUUGCAUGAGAUGCUGGACUGUGGAAGAGAUCCCAGAGGGCUGUGGCCCUCUGUGGCCCCCAUUGGGGUCCUGUUGUUUUACCCUAAUUGUGUUUUUUAUAAGAAAAAAAAACUCAAGUGUAAAAAGAUUUUAAAAAAAAAUUAAGAAAGCCUGAUCUGGGAAAGGAAAGGAAAGGCCUCCCCAAUCCCUUACUGCCACAUAGCCCAGACUGGCUCUCCAACCCUUCCUCUGUUGCCACGGCAACCAGGUUUCCAGGGAGGGUGUUUUUUUUUUAAAGAAAUAAACAUUAACUCUUUUUGUAUGAACGCUGCCUUUUACUCCAGAUGCUUUAUUUUUACAAGGUACAGUAUUCACAGCGUCAGCCCCUACUGUGCCACUCUUUUCCUUGUGGACCUUCAGCUAUGAGGGAUAGAGCGGAAACCGUUCACCCCUUUCUCCCCACGCCCUGCUUAGCACUGCCUCUUGGGUCGAGCUUCCACCUCUCUUCCCACCAUGUUGGGGCGGGAUUCUGCUCACUGUAUUUGUGUACUGGGUACGCAGUGUUAGUCCAGAUUGGCAUUGCUAUGCAGAGGGUUGAGCUCCAGUCCUGACCCUGUCAGGCAGAGGACUAAGCCCCACAGCUUCCAUCCUUCAAACAUGGCACUUCACGACAUUCCAGGUUAAUUUAUUCAUCUUAAGUUCUUCAGCAUUCCCUGAGCAUCUCCACCCCCUGCCCAGGAUGGAUCCUGUUGAAUUCACAAGUUGCCUCUGCUCAUGCUAGCCAUGGUCAUGGGGAUUUCCCCGUCUCCACAGAGUUUUCUGAGCCACUCACUGUGAUUUUAUGCCUGAUCCCAGCUGAAAUCCCUUCCACCUUUCCCAAGGCUGUACCUCUGGCUUAUAUCUUCCUGCAUGGUGAAUUUCUUGCCCCUGUGGUACAGUGGGAUCUUCGGAGCAGCCACAGAUGCUGUGAGUUUCACUUUGGCAUAAAAAGUACCAAAAUAACACAAAAGCCUCCCUUGGAUUCUCCUCCUUAAGACUUUUGGCCCCCAGCGUUCAACUACCUACUUGUCUCCUCGCACCCUGUACAUUCCAGCUAUUCCUGGCUGUAAAUACUGCUGGUGGGAGCAGUGGCCAGGCAGGGCCUUGGUCCAGUGGGGACUGCGGCUUUCUGCUCCUCCCUCCCUUCCCAUGCUGUGUAGUGUAGUGGGGGAAAGGCACUGCCAGUAACCCCUUCUGCCAUAGAAGGACCAUUUCUAGCUCAUUUUAAAACUUUUUUUAAAAAAAAUCCAGUGUAAACCAAGUAGCUUUAAAGCAGCUGGGUGCUUCUGUACAGAGCGGCUUCAGCCGCGGCAUAAUAAACAUAGCUAAUAAGGAAA